GAAAUAGCACAAUUCCCAAGUCAAGUUGAAGUCGCUUUGGUUUUACCUGUUUCAAUUGCCCUCAUUUUCUCCCUAUUUCGCCCGCUGCUAAAGCUCAAGGCCUCUGUCCCUCUCGCUUCGAUCCCGUCCGUCCGGUGAGUGCAAAUGGCAGGAGGUCGAUGGAUCAGACCUGAGGUGUAUCCUCUGUUCGCCGCUGUCGGAGUUGCCGUAGGGAUCUGCGGGAUGCAGCUGGUCCGCAAUAUAUGCAUCAACCCUGAAGUCAGGGUUAACAAGCAGGGGAGGGCUGCCGGAGUUUUGGAGAACUUCGCAGAGGGAGAAAAGUAUGCUGAACAUACUCUAAGGAAAUUUGUCCGCAACAGGGCUCCCGAAAUCAUGCCAUCCCUCAACAGCUUCUUCACAGAUCCAGAGUGAAGUAAUAGGUGCUUGAUGUUUUAAGUUCUAUAGAAAACUUUGGAUCGAAUUUCCAUUUGUUAUUGUUGUUUUAUCAUCUUAGAUAUACUGGUAUGUUUGGAGUUUGAACUAAAAUAAAGUUGGGAUGGGUUAUAAUA